AUAUCUCUAUACUACGUAUCACGCGGUGUGCGCAAUUGCUCGGUAUAUAAAAGGCGCGACUAAAAGCAAGCAGUCACCGAUAGCUGAGAGAAUCGAUCAGUAACUCAAGAUGAAAUAUUGUAUUCUCCUUGCAUUUUUUGGAGCUGCAUUGGCGCAGAGAAACGCCAUCUGCAGACUGCCGGUGGACGACGGCAUCUGCAAGGCACUCAUUCCACGCUUCUACUUCAACGCUGAAACCGGGAAGUGCACCUCGUUCUUCUAUGGUGGCUGCGAGGGAAACGAGAACAACUUUGAGACCAUCGAGGAGUGCGAAAAGACAUGCGCUGAACCCAAACGACCUAGCGACUUUGAAGGCGCUGAUUUCAAGACCGGCUGCCAGCCGGCGGCCGACAGUGGUUCUUGCAACCAACAGUUGGAGCGCUGGUACUACAAUGUCGUCUCGGGAGAGUGUGAAACAUUCGUCUACGGAGGCUGCGGCGGCAACGAAAACAAUUACGAAAGCGUGUGGGAGUGCGAAAUCGCCUGCAAGGCCACGUAUGAUGACCAUGUCGAGAGACUGCGUGCUGUGAUCCGUGGAAAUCGCCGUUUAACUCUUCGAGAACUAGCUGACGAAGUGGGCAUCAGCAUAGGAUCAUGGCGUCCUAUUGCGAAUGACAAACUUGAGAUGUGUCGUAUGAAAUAUUGUAUUCUCCUUGCAUUUUUGGGAGCUGCAUUGGCGCAGAGAAACGCCAUCUGCAGACUGCCGGUGGACGACGGCAUCUGCAAGGCACUCAUUCCACGCUUCUACUUCAACGCUGAAACCGGGAAGUGCACCUCGUUCUUCUAUGGUGGCUGCGAGGGAAACGAGAACAACUUUGAGACCAUCGAGGAGUGCGAAAAGACAUGCGCUGAACCCAAACGACCUAGCGACUUUGAAGGCGCUGAUUUCAAGACCGGCUGCCAGCCGGCGGCCGACAGUGGUUCUUGCAACCAACAGUUGGAGCGCUGGUACUACAAUGUCGUCUCGGGAGAGUGUGAAACAUUCGUCUACGGAGGCUGCGGCGGCAACGAAAACAAUUACGAAAGCGUGUGGGAGUGCGAAAUCGCCUGCAAGGCCACGUAGGUCGCCUUUUCGGACCUCGUCGGAAAAGUGCCAGCCACCAGGAAAGCAGGCAUUUGCACUAAGGUAGCUCACGACACGUGGAAAAG